UAUCAAUGCUGAACGAAAUUGAUUCUAGAUCGGAAUUGAUUUUGAAACUUGCUGCCCUAAUUCAAGAUUCAAGGGUGAUGAGGGCCAUCAAGUCUGUCCUGAAUGUUAUAAAAAACCGUUAUCCAGAAGUCGGUGGAUGACAUUUUUUGUGCACCCCAUGCAACCCAAAUCCUUUCGUCCACGCGAGGAUUGCUUUCUAUACUGCACCAGGCCGUACACGAUCAUCUAUAUGCAUGUUAUGGGAUUCAAGGCGCACGGAUGAUUUCGAGUAAUUUCUCCAAAGAGUUGCGUCGGAUGUUUCUAUUUCGGGAGCAGAGCAUUCGGAUGUCUUCGCAAAACAGAGUGCCCCACGUAGGUGGGAUCAUCACAUUUUUCAUCCAAGUUCCAACACUGAUGCGCAAGGUUGUGAUAUCAGUGCAGGAUGAAAUUGGUUCUAGAUCGGAAUUUACUAUGUUAAUUGAACACUCAAGGAUACCAGAAGCUGUCAAGUGUGUCCUGAGUGCUAUAAGAAACAGUUAUUGGGGUGAUGACAUUUUUUGUGCACCCGGGGCACCUCAAAUCCUUUCAUUCACACAAGGAUUACUUACUACGCUGCACGGGGCACCAAAUGAACAUCUGCGUGCAUGCUAUGGGGUCCAAAGAGCACGGGUAAUCUUGAGAAGUUUCUCCAAUGCGAUCCUCUCCCUAGUACUUUCACCGAAUGGCCGUCACCUAAUCUCGGCCCCCUUAGAUGCCUCGCGCAUCGGGAAUGUGGCGACGGGAGCGCUACUUGGAGAAUUGGAGGAACACACUGGCCUGGUGCCGUCCUCUGGGGAUCCCACCGUCCGUAUCUGCGAUGCGGCAUCUCUUCGACAAUCGAAGGGGCACACCAAUAACGUUCUCUGUGCGACCUUUUCGCCGAAUCGCAGCCAUCUAGCCUCGGUCUCCAGUGACCACACGGUAUGCACUCGAGAUCCCUCAAUGGGGGCGUCUCUUCAAAUGCUGCAGGGACACACAGAUUGGGUUAGGUUUGUGUUAUAUUCACCCAAUAGCCGUCAGCUUCAAACGAUCGUACCGUGCGUGUUCUUGAUACGGUGACAGGAAGGAUUGUUCGAGCGCUGAACGGCCAUGCCAAUU